AUGCCCACCCAGUCUCUCCUCAUGUACAUGGAUGGGCAUGAAGUGCACGGCAACGCCCUGGGCGCCCAGAUGGAGGUGGAGGAUGGCCUGGCCGUCAAGGGGGCCACCGCCAUCCCCUUCCGAGCCACCCCGGAGCGGGGCCCCCCGCACGUGGACAGCGUGCUGGCCCUGGCCCUCGACUGCAUGUUCUGCAGCCAGAGCUUCCUGCGCUCCGAGGAGCUCAACCAGCACGUGCUGGUGCAGCACCAGCCCACCGUGUGCGAGCCGGCCGUGCUGCGCGUCGAGGCCCAGUACCUCAGCCCCCUGGACAAGCGGCGUGAGCACGCCGAGGCCCCCCCGGAGCAGAGCGGCCCCGAGAGCGAGGACCUGAGCUGUGCCGUGUGCGGCCAGGCGUUCGGCAGGGCCUUGGACCUGGACGUGCACAUGAAGAGGCACAAGGACUCCUUCACCUACUGGUGCCACGUGUGUGGCCGCCGCUUCAAGGAGCCCUGGUUCCUGAAAAACCACAUGCGGACACACUCGGGGAAGACGGGGGCCCGGGGCAAGCUGCAGCCCGGCCUGGACGGCCCGGCCACCAUCAACGAGGUGGUGGUGCAGGAGGCGGCGGUGGCCGACGGCAGCGCCUCGUCCCCGUAUAAGAUCUGCAUGGUGUGCGGCUUCUUCUUUCCAGAUAAGGAGAGUCUCAUGGAGCACAGCCGAGUGCACGCCAAGGAGAGCCCCUCGGCUGCCGACUGGCCGCCGGCCGAGGACCAGGGGCUCUCCCAGGCCCAGUUCCUGCAGCUCCACAACCUGAGACCCUCGGCCAGCUCAGAGGUCACCAAGAAGCCGGCCAAGUGGAUCCCGCAGCUCGACUCCUUCACCACCUACCAGGCCUGGCAGCUGGCCACCAAGGGCAAGGUGGCCAUGUGCCUCGGGGACAUCAAGGAGCCCGGGCAGGAAGGAAGCACGGAUAACGACGACUCGAGUUCCGAUAAGGAAGAGCUGGGCGAGAUCUGGAGCGCCACCAAGAACCAUCCGGAAGGUUCUGGAAAGUCCAAGACGAGUAAAGGCGGCUGUGCAGGCCUGUCCCAAGAGAAGGCCAGAGCAGGUGAAGCAUCGGCGGCGGCGGCGGCAGGGGGAGACGCAGACCCCAAACUCUCUGCCAACAAAGAGAAGCCCACCCACUGUGCCGAGUGCGGGAAGGCCUUCAGGACCUACCACCAGCUCGUCCUACACUCCCGGGUGCACAAGAAGGACAGACGGCCGGACGCUGAGCUGCCCCCCAUGGCCGGGGACAGCCGCCAGCCGCAAACAGGUUCCCCAGAAUUGGCCGCCCCUGUUGUCAUCGUGGAAAACGGAGCAGCGGACGGAGGCGAAGGUGGCUCGGAAGACAGCUCUGAGGACGGGCUCAGCGAGGGGCUCCACUUGGAUAAAAGCGAUGAUGGAGGAAAAAUGAAGCAUCUCACAUCCUCAAGAGAGUGCAGUUAUUGUGGGAAAUUUUUCCGUUCCAAUUAUUACCUCAACAUUCACCUCCGAACACAUACAGGUGAGAAGCCGUACAAAUGUGAAUUCUGUGACUAUGCUGCAGCGCAGAAGACUUCCCUUCGCUACCACCUGGAGAGACACCACAAAGACCAUCAGGUGGAAGCCCCCGCCGCCGCUGACCCCAAGCCGGACAGUAGGGCCCCGGAGCCGGACGACAUGGUGCCCAUGCUCCCCGCCGCCAACAGCGGGCAGACCAAAAAUUUGAAGAGGUUUUACGACGGUGCCAAAGAAGCCAUUGGCAGCUCGCCUGCCAAGCAGCUGAAGGAGAUGCCUUCUGCCCCACAGAGCGUCCUCUUUUCCCCUCCCAGAGAUACUCAGGAUUUCCAGAAAAACCCCUCGAGUGGCAGUGAUGACAAGGUGACCCCGCCUACCGGUCCCACCUACCUGGACGUGCUGAGAAAGAGGGUGAUGGCUGAGCCCCUGGCACACCACCUCCCGGACGCUGCCACCCGUCCUGCCACCAGUGCCGCCCUCCACAGGGACACUCAGCUGGCCACCAGUGCCGCCCUCCACGGAGAUGCCAGUCUCAGACAGAAGACAGCACAGUAUGAGGGGCACCACCCAGAUGGCCAGCCCCAGGCCACCCCAGACUGUCAGGAGAGGCCUUUGAAUCUGUCUAUGUACACCAUGUCCAGCUACCGGGCCGUUUCCCUGGGCAGAAACCUGAUCUCCAGCAUCACCUGUCCCUUCUGUACCUUCAAGACCUUCUACCCGGAGGUCUUGAUGAUGCACCAGCGUCUGGAGCACAAAUACAACCCCGACUUCCACAAGAACGGCCGGAGCAAAGCCCUCCUGCGGAACCGGAGGACCGGCUGCCCGCCCGCCCUGCUGGGCAAGGACGUGAUCCCCUUGGCCGGCACCUCCAAAGCCAAGGCCAAGGCUGCCUUCCCUGCCCAGGCCAAGGCCUCACCGUCAGAGAAGAUGAAACCGGGCCCCCCAGCUCCAGUCCCCCCAGCUCCGGGCAAAGUACCCCUGGCCCCAGGACCUGACGCCAGCACUUUAGCGCCCAGUAACCUCAAGUCCCACCGGCCUCCAGCGGGUGCCACCCCCACCAGACAGCCACAGUCAGAGCCCUUCUCCAGGACCAUCGUCCCCACCAUGCCCGACAAGACCACAAGACCCGAUGGCAAGCCAAGAGCUCCUCAGGGUGCCCCGGGCGGCAGCCGCUUCCACAACUCCUCAGACCAGCCAGCAAAGGGCGAAGGCCCCUGGGCCACUCCGGCCAGAGACGUUUAUCCUGCCCGGAGCAGCAGCAGCUUGGAAUUUGGGGAGCUGCUCCCCAAAAGACUGAAGGCCAGUGUGGUGGUUCUGGACAGUGACCAGCCGGUCCCCACUUACCCCCUUCGGAGAAGAUGUGACCUCCCCAAGUGCCACUUCCCAGAGUUCACCAGCCUCCUGUCCCCGGAGUUCCGCCCCCAGGCGUCAUCAGUAUUGUCCCCCAGACCCAGGUUCUUGGCUGCCAGCGAUAGUGAUUCACCCAGUGUGCUGAGCGCCCAGAAGCCCUACGGAGCCUCCGCACCCCUGUACUCCGCCUGUGGCCCUGCUAGUAGCCAGCCGGCGAGCGGCACGCUGGAUGGGUGUGAUGGAGCGAAGCGAGAACUUCCCCUGGAAUUAAACUAG